UCCCCCGCAGCGGGGACUUUCCUUUCGCUUCCUCCUUCGCCGGUCCCACCCUCCUCUGCCGGAGCGAGGAAACGCGCGCGAGCGCUCCUUUUCUCUCCCCACUCGCUCUCGUGUGUGCGCCUUUCCCAAGGCUCGUAGGUGUGGCAGCAACCCGGCCGGGCCGAAAAAGGCGUGGUUCCACCCCCUCGACACGUUUCUCCGGAGAAUGGACCAGCCUACCCAAAUUCUGCCUAUUUAUACCAUGGCCUUCCGACCCCAAGAGCCACAUCGCUCGCUGGGCGCCCCUCGGAGAAGCCAUGCCUUCUCGGGAGCUGGGAACCGUGUCCGGAGACGCGGACUGCUGCAGGUGCGGGCGGCACUCUAAGAAACGCAAGAGCAAAUUGCUCUCCUGCCUCUUGGGUCUCUCGCUGCUGGGGAUGUUCGUCUUGGCUCUGCCGGUGCUGUACCUGCUAAGCGGGAGGUUUUCGGAAAAACCAGCCCCAGAGGAGAUGCCAACUGCAGAAAUGCCUGAUGCACAGAGACAGCACGAUGUUCCACCUUGCAACUGCUCCGAUUCAAACAUCCGACCAAGCGUUCAUGUCGCAGCCGACUUUGAUAAGAUUUCUAAGGAAAAAUGUUUGGCACCACAGUAUCCAGCCCUCUAUUGGUACAAUCCCGAGGAAGAGGGUGAAGGCCAAAUCAAGUUGGGUGAUGAAGGGAAGCAUUUGAUCAUCCCUAAAGAUGGAAGAUAUUUUGUUUACUCUCAGGUCACUUUCUACUGUCCUGAUAGUACUUGUGAAGGUGUCACUUACUGUGAAAAGUCAGCAGUUGAUGAAACCAUGGUGACCCAGAUGAUUUCACACCAAAAUACGGCUUAUGAUGGGGCCCUCAGCACAGUCUUCCUCUCCAGCAGUUCCAUCGACAAGACUAAAUGGAGUAAAACAUUGUACCUGGCAGGAAUCAUACAGUUAAAGAAAGAUGACAAACUUAUGGUUAAUGUUUCCAAUCCUCAGCUGGUACAGGCAAACAAGCCUGAGUUCACUUUCUUUGGUUUAUAUUUAAUUACCUAAACAUAAGAACUCAUAAAGUGCCUAGCAUCAGUGUCAGGGUUUGGCCGCUAUGGGUUGGCUGGUUUUGCUAAACUAGGUGCUGUUGAAAAAGUGAAAGGAAACUCAGGGCUAGGGUUGUUUUCAAAAAUGUCCCCGUCUUAUUGGGAAAUACUACAUUCCCUGCUGCUACUUCUAAAGAAGAGCAGAGAAAGUUGAAAGGUCCAUCUUUUGUCGAAAAGGAAGCUCCUCCUAUUUAAUUGCUUCUGUUCGGCUUCCUCCCUUGACCAGUUAUCUCAAGCGGUUUUCGUUGGCCCGCUGCUCAGGGAAUCCUCAGUGCAUAAGGUAUACUCCCACAUGGGCAAACCUUUGGUCCACACCCUUAAUAAGCCAGAGCACAUGUGUCUGUCAAUACAAACACAGUGUUAAAAAAUUAGUCCUAUUACUACUAUCCACUGCAUAGAUGGCCACAGGAAAACACACGUUCAACUGACAGAGGCUGCCCAAACUCCUGUUCUAAGCAAUAGGUAAAAAUUGGACUUCAAGAGGUGCCACAUGUAAGUCAGAGUGACUUAAAGGAGUGAUAGUUCAGCACGGCUGGUGGGAAGAGUUCAUGGGACUCCUUAUCUACAGAGACUUUGCCUUUGUGGAUCCAGGGAGGUAGAAACUCUUACCCUGUUCUCCUACAGUAUCCUUUUAUGAUAUCCCAAGAUGUAUUUUGACCUCCCCAAUCAUCUCUAAAUUUGAGGGCCAGGCUGAUCAGUUUAAUGUUUAUUAUUUUUUAAGGGACACUAACUCUACAAUUCACAUACCAGGUGGCCAAAUAUCGUCAUUGAGUCAUAUAACUACGCAAAAAUUUUAAUGAGAUAUGUUGUUUUACUGUCUUAGUGUUUUCUUUAUUUCGCUGAUAAUGAAUGCUGCACCAAGCUAUUGCUCUUUUCCUACUGUAAAGGCUGCUCAAAUACCGUAAUAAAGGUAUUUGAUUUGGGUGACGCUGGGCCAGAUAAAGAGACAGUGGAGAGCUAUGACCAAAUGUUGCAAAAGACACUGAUUCUGAUGGUGACAGACAUGGUCUUUGCAACCUCCACCAAUCCCCAGUUCUUUGGUUUCUUCCCCCCACCCCUUCCAAGUGCAUUUUUAUUUAUUACACCAAUUUGCAUGCCACCUACUUAGGUGAUUAUCUGCUGCCUUUUUAAAGGUUUCUUUCCUCCUUCCUUGGAUUGAUUGAUUGAUUGAUUGAUUAUAUGCCAUCAAGUCAU